AAGAGAAAAUUUUUUUUUUGAAUUUGAAAUCGAAAUCGAUCUUAUAUGGACAGGAGUCGGGUUAGGGUUACUCGUGGAUAGUCUAGACCCAUCACUCUAUACCUUGUUGUGUCGUCUACCUCGAUGGCUACGCUUACUAGGGUCCGUGAGCGUGUGCAACCGCAAAGACCUCUCGUCGAUACUGAGAUACCUAUGCCAUUUCCGAGAGAAUUGCUCCAGAGGGAGGAGCACACAGUCCAGGAAGGAAGAUCGUCCGUUGAAGAGGUUGAGGAAAGAGCGUCCCGUGUGUCUGAGUCGUCGGAUGGCCACCAGAGUGGGACCGUCGAGCUGAUGCCGUCCAUUGCUCUCGUCGAGAGAUCAUGCCUAAUGACCCUCAAUAAUCUGCUUUCUGUGCCAACCAGGUGGAAUCCAAUCGUUCCAGAUCGCCGUCACUCAAUGCCAUCCACGCCGCAUACGUCUGUGACCCAGGGUGACGCUGAAUCAUCAUCCUUGGCGUUACAGACGUUGGUGUCGAACCUGCGGAACAGAGACGCUGGUGACAUGAUGGUUGAGGUGGCCCAUACAGACGUUGAUUUAAUUAGUGAGCUCAAGACUCGGGUGGAAGGUAUAUCAACUUCCCUUGAUUCCAGCGACGCGCAGUUGGCCACGACUCUAGUUUCUCUCCUGUCCCAUCUCAACCGUCUCGGUUCUCUUCAUUCUCCCCCAUCGCAAAGUCGUAUUACUCCUUCAAAUUCUUGGCAUUCUACCGAACCUGCGGAUAUAUUCGAUACCCUGACGAGGCAGCUCAGCGACCUUCAAAUUGAACGGCAGAGGGACGUCAUACCCACUGGAUCUCCUCCCGUUCUUGCUGUAGAGAGAGCUUUACUCUGGUCUAGAAUCGACGAAGAGCUGGAAAGCGUGGUGACGAUGUGCAAGGAGCGCACGAUGGUCGAUCACCUCCCUCCUCAAUACGAUCCUGCGGAUUAUCAGUACGACCUGCCACCAGAAUACGAAUACGGUCCACGAACAUCCAUCGAUGAUUCCAAACAGCGACCGUAUUCUAUGCAUUCACCCACGACCCCCACGACUCCAAUGAAUGAAAAGAUGAGGUUGGAUUUUGAGGCGGUUACGAUGGCAAUUGACCGGCUUUACAUGGUGGCUCCACAGUUGCACAACCAGCGUGUCGAGCUUAAAUCCAGCAAAGUGGCACAGAUGGAGAAGGCUAGGAAAGAGGGCUCUUCGGUUUCACGAGGAAAGCAGAAACAAGGAGAUAUCCGCGAGCUGGAGGGUAUCUUUGAGAUGCUUGGGAAGGCAACGCAACGAUCAAUGAAGGAUCAGUCUGUCAUUAUAGAGGGUGGAAUGAAGAGCCGUUUCGAGAAGGCUCGGUUGCGUGAUCAGGCCAAGCGUGAAGCUUUUGUAGAGCAUCUCGCAGAACAUUCCAAUGCUGGUCGCUUACAUUCCCAAGAUGCUGUUCUCCAACCAAAGACAAAAGAUCCCAAUGCCAUGCUCACACUUCCAGAAUUCAUACGAGAAGCUGUCCCAGAAUCAAUGCGUACUCAAGACCCGACAGCACUCCUUACCCUUCCAGAAUUUGUCAAGGAAGCGCCUCCACCUCACAUUGUCCCUCCGCCAUUGACAGCUUCUACAUCACUACCUCCCGCAAGUUUCGGACGAUUCAAAUCGAAGAAGAAGAACAGAGAUCGAAGCAUGUCUGCACCUUCGUUAUCGUGGCUGCGAAGCUCGUCAUCGCGUUCUGCAAGUGCUGAAGCCAGAUCAAAGGAAGCAUCAAGGUCAUCAACUCCCCGGCUAGAGUUCGAAGUCAACUAUAUCGCAGAGAACCAUGAGACCCUGCAACAUGUCCUAGUCUUUCUCUCCGUGACAGGCGCUGUCCCUGGCGUAGACAUCGAAGCAGAGGUUAUACCUUCUUUACCCGACAAACACCUUGGCGGCGGUGACCAUCUUGUCGUGAAAAGCGGACCGUACACCUCUUUGCCGCUGAAACUUCCCGGACUUGUUCUACCUGGAAAGAAAGAGAUCAAAGUGCAAGGCGGACAUUACGAAAUCAAACUUGCCACGUUGAACACCUUCACUCCUUCUCUACAACCGACACCUCUCCUCGACGCAUCCCAACUAUCAGCAUCCAGCCCGACCAGUUUCAUAUGUGCAUCAUGUUCGCUUCCCUUAAUCCAAUCCUCCCGUAUAACCCAGUAUCGCGAUUUACCCUCGGAGCAUUGGCAGGAGCUUGUGGAUGCGUGGAUGUGUCAUUCCGACCAGAAACUUCAUGAGCACAUAGCAAAAAAUGGAAGAGGGUUCUGGCCUGAGUGCGGCCAAGCACUCGUCGGAGGCAGCUACAUUCUUUUUGAAGAGUCUGCCAUGUCAAAGACGAACCUAUACCCCGCUGACACGGCAAAGAGAGCCGAUGAUUGGCAACCUGUUCGGUGUCUCUGUGGUGCUGUCGUCGGACGAUGUCAAGAGCACCGAUCUAAUUCUGUUUCUUUGGUUUAUCGUAUGUUGAAGUACGCUAUACGGCCCGUCAGUCCGACCACUGAGCCUGUCAAACUGCCCUUGUCUGCUUUCAUUGUAGAGGAUAUGCAAGAGUUUGUGCAGGCUCAUGCUUCGUAUCGAUUCAUCGUUUUGGAUGAAGAAGACGAACGUCCUCGUAUCCUGAUGUGGUUAUUCAAACCUAGUAUCCAACUAGCAUAUGCCAUCCGAAGUCAGUACGCGCUCCCGAAAACUGCCUCGAUACAGGCCGCGAAAGUGCUAUUCAAACUUUUGGGACCCACCGAAGAAACGUCUAAUCUCAAAAGUAUCUUGGACAAGUACCCAGGUUUUCCGCAAGCGGAGUACCUCUUCUAUCCCAUGAAUAUCUGCAGGCGGUUGGCUGGACUGCUCCGGGAGAGCAAUUUAUCUUAUCCUGAAAGUAUGCGGACGAUGACGGGGUUGGACGUUGGAUGGUUGCAUAGGGCAUAAUGCAUGGCAUAUCUCACUCAUCUGUAUUCAUUCGUUAAGGUGUACUGACUCUCUUUUGGAUAUUCAGCAAUGUUGUUUAGAUCUAAUUAUUGUUGGCGUAAUAGCAUAAUUAUUAUCAUCAGUCUUAUCUAAAGAGGCC